AUGACAGAAAAUGUAAGCUCAAGGAUGGACACCCCAACCAACAUUUCCUUGGUGGGCCCAGGGGACCCCAUAUCCCAGUCACUGGAGUACAAGACUGUGGCAGUUUUCCUGGUUCUGCUAGUUUGUGGACUUGGCAUUGUGGGUAAUAUCAUGGUGGUUCUGGUUGUCCUCACCACGCGACACAUGCGUACGCCCACUAACUGCUACCUGGUCAGCCUGGCCAUAGCGGACCUCACCGUGCUGGUGGCCGCUGGUCUGCCCAAUGUGUCAGACAGCCUGACGGGCACCUGGGUGUUUGGGCACGCUGGCUGCCUUGGCAUCACCUACCUCCAGUACCUUGGCAUCAAUGUGUCCUCCUGCUCUAUCACAGCCUUUACUGUGGAGAGGUGAGUGAUGCCUCAACUACCUUAACCCCUUUAUACCUCCUCAACCAAAGCCAUAUACAAGAACAAUUCAGAAUAAUUUACUGUAUAAAUGUCUUUGGAGAACAACAAGCCAAAGUGUCUGUUGUUUGUGCUUCUCCAUUUCCAGGUACAUUGCUAUCUGCCACCCAAUGAGGGCUCAGACAGUGUGCACGGUGUCCCGGGCCAAGCGGAUCAUAGCAGGGGUGUGGUUGUUCACCUGUGUCUACUGCAUGCUGUGGUUCUUCCUGGUGGACAUCCAGGUAAUGAAGAGCGGCAGCAUCCAGUGUGGCUACAAGGUGUCCCGUGACCUCUACCUCCCCAUCUACCUCAUUGACUUUGCCAUCUUCUACGUGAUCCCUCUGCUCCUGGCCAUCGUCCUGUACGGCCUCAUCGCCCGCAUCCUGUACCUCAACCCACUCCCCAACCGGCCCGACGUGGGCACGGUCUCCGCUGGUGCUACCACGCUCCGCAGGAGCUGCAAGGAACCAGCGAAUGGAGGGAAAGGGGGUCGUCAGGGCCGCCCGAAGAGCACGCUCUCCUCCAGGAAACAGGUGCGUGCGUCACAGAACAAGGAGCCCCCUUUAUGUCCCCCUGUAAUUGACAUCCAAUGGCUUUGGUCACAGUUGACCCCAGCCUACUCUUUACCCUGCUCUCUGAUCUCCACGGAUUAGCCCAUGAUACCAUCAAAGCAUCAUGUUCUUCCUAUCAGUUGGGAUAAGUGGCCUGCUGUUUGCAGAGUCCACUGCACUGCCCACCUUGGUUAUGACUGACCUAAGGGUGAAAUAGCUGUAAUGGUUUCUGGAGCUGUUGGGGUAAAAGGUUUUUCUCAGGGGAUCUGAGUCUGUGGUGUUGCACAAUGCCAAGUGCCUUAGCCUUAGCUUUAUAUGUGUUCGCUCUAAAUUGUACAGCAUUGUACAUUGUGUACUCAGGUGUUAUGCCUGAAAACCCAGAUUCCCCUUAUCCAUUUAAUAUGAGAGUAAGCAAGGCAGUAUUUGUAUGUAGGCUAUGUAAGUAUGUUUUGAUUUCACCCCCCUCUUUAGCGGAUUCAUGUAAUUAUUUAUUUUCACAUUGCCUACAUAACAGAAGCAUUCAACAUAUGAAUGCCUAUCUAUUCACAAUGUUACGAAAUGGUAAGUAAACAGUGGCUUAGACCUUCAGGCUCUAGAAAUUCAACCAUACUGUAGAAUGGGGAAUAUAACUCAUUUUCUGAAUAUCCAAGUUAUUCAGAGUUUUCAUUUUUGGAUCCAGACAUUCACUUACAGUGAAUGUGGACAGAUGGAGCAAAUCUGGUUGUGUACCCAGGUCAUUAAGGGUGCUGCUGCUGAUAAGAGGAAACACAUUAAGGCCCAUCAGCAUCUCAUCAGCAGCCAUAUUAUGUUAUUGAUUAAUCUGACUAUCUCUGUUGAUGGAUGCUCAACACAACAACACAUUUGAAACUCUUGUUUACGAUGUAUUGUAGAGAUGGGAGGUCAACCAUACAAGAAAUGACUCCCAUUUAUCAGUCAACAUUGGCAAAAUCCUUUGUAUGAGACACAUUUGGCUGAGGAAUAUCACACAGCCAGUUAGCGCUUGAUCGGUAUGGCAGCAUUAUAGGCUACAUGUAUUGCAAUGGGGAAAUAAAACACAGGAUUGUAAAAUCAGACACAAAGACACACACACAAAAGUCUCGCCUCUGAAAUAAUGACUUCCCCAGGCUCUCCAGUGCAGUGCACCUGCUGCGGGAUACAGUAUCCACAGUAUCCACAGUAUCCACAGUAUCCACAGUAUCCACACUAUCCACAGUAUCCACAGUAUCCUUAUUAUCCACAGUAUCCACAGUAUCCUUAUUAUCCACAGUAUCCACAUUAUCCUUAUUAUCAUCCACAGUAUCCACAGUAUCCACAUUAUCCUUAUUAUCCACAGUAUCCUUAUUAUCCACAUUAUCCUUAUUAUCAUCCACAGUAUCCACAGUAUCCUUAUUAUCCACAGUAUCCACAGUAUCCUUAUUAUCCACAGUAUCCACCGUAUCCUUAUUAUCCACAGUAUCAACAGUAUCCACAGUAUCCUUAAUAUCCACAGUAUCCACAGUAUCCACCAUAUCCUUAUUAUCCACAGUAUCCUUAUUAUCCACAGUAUCCACAGUAUCCUUAUUAUCCACAGUAUCCACAGUAUCCUUAUUAUCCCAAGGUCCCCAGCUAUAAUUAUGUUUCAAGGCUGAAAUGAAAACUUAAACUAAAACCAAAAGACUGGGUACAGCAACAGCUGUCAGUUCUGUGGCAGAAAAGUGAAGAAAAUAACAUAUGUCAUGUCAGGAUGCUCUAAAUGACCUUGCGUGUGUGUGUGUGUGUGUGUGUGUGUGUGUGCGUGUGUGCAUCGGUUUUUGAUAGUGGGUAGUUCCUAAUCUCAAGUGCUCAAGGAGCGCCAUUUGAGCAAAAUAUUUGCAUAAUAUGAUUUGGAAUUUUCAUUGAAGUAUGCUUAAUGCUGCAGAUGAUUAUAGUCUCAGUUCUUCAACAGUUACUCUUUGCUCUUUUAUUUAUUGGACCUUUAUUUGAUUUGCUGAUAAAAAUCUGAUGAAGUUCUGAUGAAACUCCUGUAGCCUACAGAUGUAGGAUCUUAAUUUGAGCCAGUUUGCACAGCAGGAAAAUGAUCCUGCAGCAACAGGAAAUGUGAAUUAUUAUGUGGAUUAUAAUUCAUGGACAUUUUUGUAGGGGUUAAUACAUUUUUCGUAAGAGAAAAUCAAGUCUGAAAUUUCAAAGUGGGAAUUACAAACCUCAGAAGCCUUUUAACACCUCAAAUACACUACACGUUUUACAUGUCCUGCAUUGCAGGAAAGUUCUCCUGCAACAGGGUGAUCAAAUUAAGAUCCUACGUCUGUAUACUAAAGAAUGACUUUAAAAAACUGUAGUUUUGGUUCAUUAGAUUUACUUCUGUUCUGUAUUCGACCUAAUUGAAACCUGCCAUGAUCUGCAGCAGUCUGCUUUGUUUGUGAUCUACAGCAGUCUGCUUUAAUACUCCCUGGGCUGGUAAUGCGUUAUGAAAAUAAUAAGAUGCAUAUUCAAAAUGUCACAGUGAUCCUUAGUGUCAUUAUCUCGCUGUUGUAUAAUUAAAGCCUCCAACUCCCUGGCUCUCUCCGCUUCAAUUAAACGCUUCAAUUUUUUUAUUUCACUCAAGGUUGCUGUCACCGACUGUCGUUUAUCAAGGGAUCCUUAUCUCAAAUAGCAUUUAGCUUAAAGAGGCCGUGUAUGAUACGAGUAUCAACUGCCUCUCUUUUGUGUUGCCAUGAUCAAACGUAGGAAGACUAGAAAAAGGUUUUGAAUUGGUGAGAGUGAAGUGUUUAAAAUUCGUACUGACAAAAAGGUGAGCAGAGCAGGGGAUAAAAGACAGCCUGUGCCAUUGUUUGGGAGUGAUAAGGCUAAUCAGUGGAGUCUUACAGUGGUUCUUCAUCUGUCUCACCGGGGUUCUAGAAUGUCUGUGUGUUGUCGCCAUGGUCACAAAGCCAGGGGCUGAGUGACUCUCUCUCUCUCUCUCUCUCUCUCUCUCUCUCUCUCUCUCUCUCUCUCUCUCUCUCUCUCUCUGUCUCUCUCUCUCUCUCUCUCUCUCUCUCUCUCUCUCUCUCUCUCUCUCUCUCUCUCUCUCUCUCUCUCUCUCUCUCUCGAUAUACCCACCUCUGAGAUGGGGGUCUGUUCUCUCAAAGACACUGGCGGCCCCUGUGGCCUCGUUGACCCAAUCCACUGUGGCCAUGGUGUGUCUGUUUGCUUAAUACAAGGCUCUCACACAGAUAAAUACUGAAUUGUGGUGUGCUAAAGUUAAUCUCUAAUGUAAUGUUGAGUGCGAUAAGGGAAUCAGAUUACAGUUUUUCUCGAUUGCUAAGACACAUUUCUUGAAAGCUGCUCUCCUUUUCUCUUAACUGUGAACACAAAACCCAAUUUUCAAGCGACUACAUUCAAAAACCUCAGACUCUUCUUGCAAAACCAAACUUUCACCUCAAAACAGUUCAAUCUGUGCUCAAAAUUGAACUAUGUUGUCAAAUCGUGCCCGAGUCAAUCAAAAUUAAAAACCUACUGAACAGUCACUAAACACUACGUAGAAAAAUAGAAAACACAAUGCUCAGGACAUGAAGCUGGAUAAAUAAAUGUUUAUUGUUCACUGUAGGCUAAAUGCAUGUUGCAAAACAAAAAAAAACUGUGCAUUUAGCACUUGUACAAAAAGACAAAACAGAAAUCUUGUGCAUUUACAUGUAGCACUUGUAAAAACAAACAGAAAUCUUAUGCGUUUGCCACUUGUGUACAGUAAGCCCAUGUAAAAAUAAAGUACAAAAAUAUACAAAUAAGUGCAUUACUCAGCCACAGCAUCAUGUCUCCGUACUGGGUCAGGCCACAGGACUUCAUCCACAUCACAGGCCACAUUUUGUCUGGCCAGGCAACUGGGGAAAAAAACCCUGGCAUGCCGUAUCCAGGCUUGGCAUGCCUCCACACCUAUGUCACCACAGGCAAGUCCCAUGGCUUGCAGGAGAUUUACCCUGGUGUAAGGUUGGCGUUCAUAUACCUUCCACCGCCAUGAGGAGAAGAAUUCCUCAAUGGGGUUUAGGAAAGGGGAGUACGGUGGAAGGCAAAGAUUGAUAAAACCUUGGUUCAUAUUGUACCACUCUCUAACCUGGAGGGCUCUGUGAAAACUCACAUUGUCCCAAACAACAACAUAGAUGGGAUGCUCAUCCUGCUGCCCUAACAAAGCAUCUCGCAUGUGAUUGAGGAAAAUGAGGAGCUGGUGAGUGUUGUAGGGCCCCAGGUUGGCAUGAUGGUGGACAACCCCAUGAUUGCUGAUGGCAGCACAUAAUGUUACAUUGCCACCACGCUGCCCAGGAACACCAACAAUGGCCCGAUGGCCAAUCACAUUACGGCCUCUCCUUCUCCUUUUGGUGAGAUUAAACCCAGCUUCAUCCAUGUAGAUGUAUUGAUGGGGUCUUUCCAUUGCAUCCAGUUGAAAAACCCUCUGUAGAAAUAGAUAUAGUUUUGUAAGUGAUACGGAAAAAGUGAUUUAGGCCACUACAGUAAAUCACUACUUAGAGUAAUCAACAUUGAAUGGGUCUGGAUAUAUGCCAACCUGUACAUACUGGAAUCUUUGCUCUUUGACUCUGUCUGAGUUGCGAUCAAAGGGCACUCUGUAUAGAUCUGUUUCAUGCGGCAGUCUGUUGCGCUUGAGGACACGAUCAACGUUAGAGAGGGCUGACACUGUGAUACCUCAAAAUGGAAAUGGUCCUAAUGAUCUGCUGUUGAAUUUCGCUCAGUUUAAUGGCAUUGGUUCCUCACGGACCAUAUCAACAAUUAGGGUCUCUGGUGUGGGGAGAACCAUACCUGUCCUCCACCCCCAUGUGGCAGUCUUUCAAUUCUACAAAAAGAGAACAUGGAGUUACAAAAAAAUAUACAUGGAAUACUAGGUCCUACGAACACAGUUAGACACAAACCCUCCAUUACAAUACUACUACAGUACAUUAGUACAGUGAUGGUACUGAAACAUAAUAGUACUUACCGUAAUACUGUGGUACAGUAUAGGUAUUAGGUCAUAACAGUAAUUGCUGUCAACAUCUACAUACUGUACUAUAAUGUCAAAAAAAGGUAAUUACCUGUUCUCUUCUCUAAAUCUCGGAUUAUGGUGGACACAGUGAAUCUACUGAUGUUUGGUUGUACCCUUUGUCCAGCCUCCCUCAUGCUCAUACCAUGGACAAGAACAUGGUCAAUCACAGUAGCUCUGAUUUCAUCAGUAUUACUGUUCUUUGUCUUCGCUGACCACCUCGACCACCUCGACCUCCUCUCACACGAACUCUUCCUCUCAGAUUUCUAUCCAUUGUAGGGCCUCACAAACCAGUGCUCUCUGAACUGGCUUACUGUAUAUGUUCCCUCACAUCAUUAGCCACAAUUGUGAUCAAUUUUGAGUUGUUGUGUUCAAGUGUGACACCUGUGCUCUAAUUGUGUUUGACUUUUGUCACCUGUGCUCACCAUUAUGCAGCACGGGUGCAUCACAAUGAAAAUGUGUUGGCAAGUUAUGUCUAAACAGGUGAAAAGUGCUUAUGGUUUUGCUAGUGUGCGUAAGGAAUCAGAUUAAUGAUACUGUAAUACGUCACACAGGAUUUAACUGUGCUUCAGAUACCACUGAAUAUGACAGUUUGACAUGUAUGUUUGCAUGUUCAUUCACUUUUUAUUGGAUUAGCCCAAGUUUAUUGUGAAAUGAGUGAACAUACAGUAUGCAUUACAUCUCCCCAGAUCUCAUCUCUCCUGUCUCUCUCACAGGUCACUAAGAUGCUCUCAGUGGUGGUGAUCCUGUUCGCUUUACUGUGGAUGCCCUACCGGACCUUGGUCCUUAUUAACUCCUUCAUUGCCACACCCUACCUGGACGCCUGGUUUGUACUGUUCUGUCGGAUCUGUAUGUAUGCCAACAGUGCCAUCAACCCUGUAGUGUACAACCUGAUGUCUCAGAAGUUCCGUUCAGCGUUCCGGGGGCUCUACAGGUGCCAGAGGCAGGAGGCUCACCACCGCACCCUAUCCAUGAUCCAGAGCGGCUACAGCAUGGCCAGGGACCCACGCACCCCACAGCAGACCAGCAACGGGACCAAACAGGGGGCCAGGAGAGUGACCUGCACUGACACAGUGACGGAGUGGCAGAGCAAAGACACCUCCCCAGCCAAAGAGAGGAAGGAUCACCUGAAGGAAGAGAGGAAAGACACAAGCUGUGGUGAGAUCAAAUCAACACCUCAGCAAACUGAGAUCAACUCCACAUCUGGGCAAACUGAGAUCAUGUCCACACCUAGGCAAAAUGAGAUCAAAUCCACAGCUGGGCCGAACGAGAUCAAAUCCACACCUGGGCAAAAUGAGAUCAAGUCCACACCUGGGCAAAAUGAGAUAAAGUCCACACCUGGGCAGAACGAGAUCAAGUCCACACCUGGGCAGAACGAGAUCAAGUCCACACCUGGGCAAAAUGAGAUCAAGUCCACACCUGGGCCGACUGAGGCAGGAAUGAAUCACACAGUGCUGUAG